UUUUCUAACUAGAGCAGUAAUAGUGAUUUUUCUUUAUUUUAUAAUACUGAAUAAGAGUAAUGUAUUUUCACAUGAAGUGUGUCUAAUUUGUUACAUUAACCCAGCCCAAGAGUGACUUGACAUAAGAUUAGGUACAAUUAUUUCUAGUAAUUUCCUAUUAAAAUGGGAAUUCAGAGUGUUAACAUAUUUAGUAUCCCCAUGCUUUUUACAGAGUUUGUUUUCACUUAUGUUUUUUAAAAUCUAUUUAAGUAGGAACACCCUUUAAAACAAACAAACAAAAAAACACCCUCCUUAAGCACAUGGAAUCUCCCUUAUACAGGAAACUCUGUGAAGGAUGGAACUCCUUCAGCUUUUGUUUUGAUAUACACUACCAUAUAUCCUACACCUAGCCAGUGCUCAGUAUAAAUAUUUGUUUACUGAAUGAAUGACCACAUGAUGAAUGCAUAACUGAAUGAGUGACUAAUAAGUAAAUUUCGAUUCCAAAUACUCUAGAGCAGUAUUUCCCGAACUUCAUUCAUUAAUAGAAGUUAAGUUUUGUUUCAUCCCCUUACCACCUGCAUACCUUUUGGACAUCACUUCCUCUCCAACCUAGAUACACAGUGGUUCCUGUGAGCCAAAAUCUGCUUUUGAAGGCAGGAAGCUCUGUCAACUAUUUCUAGUUAAUUAUUUUUAAAAAAACAUUUGCCAUAUUAUUCCUGAGCCCCAGAACAUUUGGGUCACCAAAACAUAGAAUGUAAGCUCAGCAGUAGUGAAUAAGCACAAGUGUGGACACAUUUGAGAGCAUGGAGAGAGCCUAUGGAGUGCAGUUAUAACAUGACCAAAGGGAAAGACAAGACCUGCCAGCUGGAACCAUUCAGAUAUUGGUCUGGUGAGAAGACGUUUCACACCACCAAUUGCCUGUGCAGUGAACAAAUAUUUAAGUUCUGAAAAUCCACUAUUCUUUGAACUACGUGCCAGAUAUCUAAUUGCUUGUGAACGCAUACCUGAAGCAAUGGCUCUCAUUAAAUGUUGUAUAAAUCACCCAGAAAUCAGUAAAGACUUGUACUUCCAUCAAGCACUCUUCACAUGUCUGUUUAUGUCACCUGUAGAAGAUCACCUAUUCCGGGAGCAUUUACUGAAAACUGAUUGUAAGAGUGGAAUUGAUAUCAUCUGUAACACUGAAAAAGAAGGCAAGACUAUGUUAGCCUUGCAACUCUGUGAAUCCUUUCUUAUUCCACAGCUCCAGAAUGGGGAUAUGUACUGUAUCUGGGAGUUGAUUUUCAUAUGGAGUAAACUUCAGCUAAAGUCUAAUCCUUCAAAACAAGUUUUUGUAGAUCAAUGCUACCAGCUUUUAAGAACAGCAACUAAUGUGAGAGUCAUAUUUCCUUUCAUGAAAAUCAUUAAAGAUGAGGUUGAAGAAGAAGGCUUACAAAUUUGUGUUGAAAUAUGUGGUUGUGCUCUACAGCUAGACCUUCAUGAUGAUCCCAAAACUAAAUGUCUAAUUUAUAAAACAAUUGCACAUUUUUUGCCAAAUGAUUUGGAGAUCCUCAGGAUUUGUGCACUCUCAAUAUUUUUUCUUGAGCGCUCCUUGGAAGCUUAUCAUACUGUUGAAGAGCUUUACAAACGUCCAGAUGAAGAAUAUAAUGAAGGCACAAGUAGUGUUCAAAAUCGUGUUCGUUUUGAAUUACUUCCAAUUUUGAAAAAGGGAUUGUUUUUUGAUCCUGAAUUCUGGAACUUCAUAAUGAUUAAGAAAAACUGUGUAGCGUUACUGAGUGAUAAAUCAGCAAUUAGAUUUCUAAAUGAAAGUACACUGGAAAAUUCUACAGGUAAUGUAAAAAAGGCAGUGGAACAGCAAGGUUUAGAUGAAGGACUUGACUCUCUUACAGAUCAGAGCACUGGAGAGCUUGAUCCUGAUGAUAUAUCUGGAGUGCAACCAAAAGGUCAUAUUAAUGCAAAGAAAAACCUCACAGCUCUUAAUGCUUCCAGAGUAGAUCACAAUGUCCCAAGGCAUCGGUGUAUGUUAUGUAACAAGGAAUUUCUAGGUGGUCACAUUGUACGGCAUGCGCAGGCUCAUCAGAAAAAGGGCAGUUUUUCAUGUGUGAUAUGUGGUAGAAAAUUUAGAAACAGAGGACUUAUGCAGAAGCAUUUAAAGAAUCAUGUUAAGAAAAUACAGAGACAGCAACUUGCUGCAGCUCAACAGGAGGAUCAGGAAAAUCCUGCUUUGGAAGAAAUAAAUUGUUCUGAUACUUUCAUUUCAUUUGAAAAUGGGAAGUCUGAUAAUAAGGAUUUGGAAGUAGAGACUAUUACCCGUUCCAGUGAUGGAAACAAAGAUGUCAUCCCUUCACAUGUGGGUGAAUUCAUUGAAAUUCCAGGAAGUGUAUCGGAAGAUGUUAUUGAAAAUAUUACUGAAAAUGGCAAUCCUGAUACUUCUUUAAAUAAUGUCUCAGAGCCAUUACCCGUAUGUGUGGAUGACUAUGAGGAGGAAGAAGACGAAGAAGGUGAUUAUGAAGAAGAUGAUUACGACUUGAAUCAGGAAACUUCAGUACUUCAUAAAAUCAAUGGAACCGUGUGCCAUCCAAAAGACAUAUAUGCGACAGAUCAAGAAGGAAACUUUAAGUGCCCCGCUCUUGGCUGUGUCAGGAUAUUUAAAAGAAUUGGAUUUCUAAAUAAGCAUGCAAGGACUGUACAUCCAACUGAUUUAAAUGUGCGGCAAACAGUAAUGAAGUGGAGCAAAGGAAAAUGCAAAUUUUGUCAAAGGCAGUUUGAAGAUUCUCAACAUUUUAUAGAUCACCUUAAUAGACACAGCUAUCCAAAUGUGUACUUUUGUUUGCAUUUUAAUUGCAAUGAGUCAUUUAAGCUGCCAAUCCAACUUGCUCAGCACACAAAAAGUCACAGGAUAUUUCAAGCUCAGUGUAGUUUUCCAGAAUGCCAUGAGCUUUUUGAAGAUCUUCCUCUACUAUAUGAACAUGAAGCUCAGCACUAUUUAAGUAAAACACCAGAAUCAUCUGCACAACCAAGUGAAGCAGUUCUUUGGGAUGUUCUUACAGACUCAAAAUCUAAUCAUCAGGAAAAAGACUCAUCUAGUAAUGAGAAACAAACUGUUAGUGUACCAGUUUCUACUAGCAAAUCAAGGAAAGAUCCUACAGAACCAAAGACAUGUAUAGAAAGUAUGGAAAAGAAAGACCGUUUAGUUCAGAAUGGAAAUGAACAUUCUGAUCACACUGUUUCUGAUAUAAGCUUGACAGACCAAAAGAUGCCUGACAUAGAGCCAAAUUCUGAAAAUAAUUGUAUUAGUGAUUUAGUCAAUGGACACAGUGGAAUAGAGCAAACACCUUUAGUUUCCUCAGAUCCUGCUUUGAAAAUUGAUACAAAUAGAAUCAGGACAGAAAACGGUUCCAUUUUACCUAGUGUUGUACCACAAGAACACAGUACCCUGCCAGUACCUCAGGCACCUUCCAAACCAAAUCAGACGAGUGAACAUACUUCAUAUGGCUUAAUUUUAACAAAGCCAUAUGUCAGACCAUUGCCUCCCAGUUACCUUGAUGAACGGUACCUUAGUAUGCCAAAACGCAGAAAAUUUCUGACUGAUAGGGUAGAUGCCUGUUCUGAUCAAGAUAACGUUUGUAAAAAAUCAGUGAAAAGAUUAAGAUGUGGCAAAUGCCUGACCACCUACUGUAAUGCAGAAGCACUUGAGGCUCACCUUGCACAAAAGAAAUGUCAGACACUCUUUGGAUUUGAUUCAGAUGAUGAAAGUAAGUCUUCUGUCUUCUCAGCAGGUAUAUCUGUAGAAAUAGAAAAUGCCAUAGAUCUUUGUAAGGUUAAAAAAAUUAACAUUUAUAUAACACAGAUAAUAAAGCACUACCCCAUACAUUAUUUCCUUUAAUCCAUACAGCCACCAUGAGGUGCUAUCACUAUUCCUGUUUUAUAGAUCAAGCAACUGACAUUCACAAGUAAUUUGCAUAGGCAUACACCUGUGAACUUGUGGAAGCCAGAACUUGAACACAGUUUUUUCAUACUUUUGGAUCAUACUCUUUAACUGUAUCUGAGGCUUUUCUUCAUUCCAAGUUUUAUGUAAUAAGAGAUCUAAAAACAAAGUAAUUAUGAUGGAAAUGUUUUUCAUCUGCAUGCCAGAAAUGUAAACCAAGUUGAGCCUCCAUUACAAAAACAAAAAUAAGAAAGAACCAGAAAAUAAUUGAAAAAUAAAACUGAGCAAAAGAAGAGCUUGCCUUUCUACUAAUAUUAAUAUUCUUUAAAUGAGUAAAGGUAUAAAUAAACAGGAAAUCUAACUUAGAAUACUAGAUGAACAUCUAUAAAUAUGAAUUAACAGACGUGUUCUGUUUUACAGGUGCCUGAUAAAAAUGUUUCAGAACGAUCUGUCGAUCAAGCAGUAGUGUGCAAAAAGCACUACAAGAAAAUGCAUCAUCAGUUUGCUAUUUCCCUGAUGGCCUUAAUUUUAGAGCGGUCUUGGAUUACUAAAGAUAAAGACAAAGCACAUUUUCUAGAAUGAACCCACAGAGGAGAUGUGCUGGUUUAGACUCCAAAAGGGUUAUUACAAAACUCCCAAAGUACCAGUUAUCCAGAAAAACCACAUUUUGUUUAAGAAGUCGAUGAUGAUUAAUAGCAGCAUGUUCAGUUUCGCUUAUGUGAGAAACAUAUGCAGGCAACUAGUCAAAAAGAAUAACCAGCUAUGGCCUUACAGAAAGGGAAAAACCCAUUAUAAAAAAGGGGGGGGUGGUUUACAAUAAACAACUUAAAAGUAUUCCACAAAUAGGGUUUGUUUUCUUGUCAUGCCUAAUCAGAUUAUGUCCUCCUUUCUGGUCAAACAUGCUUUAAGGAACCAUUUCUGUUUGAUUUAUUAUUACUUAGAAACUGAUUGAUAAGAUGAAAGUAAAACGAUUUAUCACCAUACUAGCUAUAAAAGAUUGUACCUUGUUUCCAGAUGAUUGAUUAGGUCAAAGUUCAAUGAAUGACAUACCAGCAUUUAAAAUUAACAAACAAAAGAAGACAAAACAACAGUGCUUUGCUAAUAAGCUCUUGACAGAACCUUCCACUUUCCAUUUUUAUAAUACCAAUGAGUUAUAUUUAAAAGGCAGCAGCGUCAAUAGAAAACAUACUAUCAGUAACUCUGGGAAGAGAUGGGAGGCUCUAAGACCAUUAAAGGCUAUCUUAGUUGAAAGAAAACACUGAAUUGCAAAUUCUUCAAUGUGAAUAAUGGUAUAAACACACUGGGAUAUUUCUGUUUGUAUAUAGAGUAGUGUUAGGACAUUGCUUGAUGAUUCAUAGUAAGGUCCUUUAGACAUUAAUGUGAGUUAUCUAAGUACAGUCCUAUAAAAAUAACUGACUAUAAAAAAAAAUAUGCAGCUAAGAAUCCGGUCAAGAAUUCAUUGGUUUUAUUCAAUUAGGAGAGUUAAUUCUAAAAUAAGCCAUAUUACUUAUGCUUUCUUAUUUAUUUCUGAUGAAUUUGGUCUGAAUAGUAAUUUUUAUAUAUAAAAAGAAAUAUUUACACAAAAAUUUGCACAGCAAGAACACAGUAAGAUAUAUUGAUGCAUUUAUUUUCUUUGAUGACCAGUAAUUUUCCUAAGGAAGAUUUUAACUUAAUAGUCAAUAAAUCGUUAAAACAAAAAGGUUUUUAAAAAUACCCUCUCAGAUGUGUUCCGUGUCUUUAAAAGAGGAAGCUUAAAGACUUCCUUUUACCUAACAGUGUGUUAAUCUAUAGCAGGGGUAAAAUGAACAAAAAUGCAAAGGCAAAUUCUUCAAAAACAGAGCUAUUAAUGUACCAAUGUCAACCAGAUAUUCCAGUUAUUCCAACUGAUACAUUCUUGUUCAAAGUAUAUAAUCUCAUCAGACCCUACUAUUAUAAAUUUCUGGAUAUUAAAGCUUCUUGAAUGAAGUCACUAAGGAAGUGUGACUUUUCUUCCAGGGUAGCAUCCAGGCUUUAUUAAAUUAGGAUUUCCAGGUCAUGAUAAAUCAGAUAUCUAAAAAACUACCCAAUUUUAUUAGUUUAUUUAUCAUAGGCAUUCACUACUAUGCAAUUGAUAGUCAUAAGUCCAUAUCAAUCAAAUCAGGUUUUUGUUUUGUUAUGUAGCCUACAUUAGGCUGUGGAAUUUACAUUUAAAAACAUAAGUAAACAACUCGAUAAGGUUUUUAAAUCCUUUAAGGUCAGCUAAAGAAAAAAAUGUUUUCCAUACUUCCUGAUACUAAAAAUAUAAUACUUGAGUUCUUUUUCAGUUCAGUCUAAAAUACAUCAUAUAAUAAAAAGUAUUUGGAAACUAGUUCAUAUGGACAAUGAAGUUAUUUUAAAAUAUUUCUGCUUUGUACAUUUUCCAGAUGUUUAAAAUCACAGCUUAACAUUUUAUCACAUUUUUAACUUUUUAUUUUUUAUAAGUUGUAACUAUUGACAUAAAUCCAUGUCUGCAACUUAUUUUCAUUCAUUUUGCAGUUCAUACCAAGAUGUUUUAAACAUAUUCCACUUGUUAUUUUUUUGUCUUUGAGGUUUUAUUUCUACUUUUGUGUUGGUAAGGGAAAACUUUCUGAAAGACUGAGAUCAAAUUGGUUUAUACAUAACUAGAUCAAGGAAUGUUUUAUAAAAUUCUAUUUGACCACAUUGUUCUAACCUCUUUAUAUACUUAUCAAAUAAUUGCUAUUGAAAGAAUGUGUACAUUUUCUUAUGUAUGCCUUAUAAAACAUAAACUUACAUCAUUUUGCUUUUACGGGGUGCAUAAACUUCCAACAGUUCCAAUGUGGAAUUCAGAAGACAAGGAAGCUUUCUUCUUAUUCCUCAAAUUCUUCUCUUUUUCUUUUCUACUCCUUCUAUUUUAAGGAUGUGUUUAUCUUACGUGGACCAAGUUUCCAUCCUUCAUUUUCAAAUAAAAAUUUCCUUUGAAACAUUAAAUAUUAACUUUCUGCUAUGUUUCAGUAAGGUCAAAAAAAAUAGCAAAUCUGAAUUUUUGCUGCUCAGAUAUUAUGGAGAAGAUAGAAAUGGAGAACCUUCGUGGACAGGGGCACUGGUACUUUGGGCUUCAGUCAUAUUCUUUUUUUUUUUUUUUUUUUUUAAAAUCACCAAUUAUAUAAUGAAAACAUAACAUAACAUUGAACUUGUGAUUCUUUUCAAAUCACACUUGAAGGUUCAGCUGUACUCCUUUCAUGUUUGGUUCAAACUGUAGUAUGGGUGAAAAACCUAAAAGGGAUGGUAGUGUUUAUUUUUUAAUUUAUUUGGUACUGUAAAACACCAUUUCAGAAUGACUAAAUGCUGCAUAUGCAUUUUGGAAUUGUUAAUAUGUGAAAGAUAUUACAGAUUCAGCAAGAAAGGAAAUUUGUGCUUCCUUGUUGAACAUUAAAUUAUUUUACUUUGCAUUUUAUAAGAGUACAAAUUAAAACUGAGCCAUUGAACUGCAAUAAAUCAACAGUGUCUCAUUUCAAGAAAUUUUUUGUACUGUACAUAGAUUUGUUCAAUAAAACAUUGUCCUUGUUGGUAA